AUGGCGCCGUACGUGCCCACGGGACGGAAGCGCGGGCGACCGAGGGAUCCGAAUAAGCGGCGGCCGGCGCGACCGGGACCGCCGCCCGAGGCGCUCAGAGCUGGGAGGAAUCCCGCGUUCGAUGCGAUGCGACUUCGCAUGGACGCGGUCGUGGACGCGGUGCGAGGGACGGCGCGCGGGCGGGACGACGCGGGCGGGACGAAGCGGGCGAAGGAAACGCUCGCGGAUCGCGUGGAGAAGGCGGUGGCGAUAUCGAUGACGGAGGAAGAGCGGGCGGCGGUGGAGAAGGAGCGGCGGGAGGCGGCGAUGUAUUGGCCGGUGUGCUUGAAUCCGAAGACGAAGCCGAAGGGGGCGGAGGUGAGCGACGAUAGGAUGUCGUUUACGAGCUCGAAGGGGUAUCGCACGUGUGCGGCGUCGCACGGGGUGAAGAGCGGGGCGUUUUACUUUGAGGUGACGAUCGCGCGAUUGGGGGAGAGCGGACACGCGCGCGUGGGGUGGAAAUCGAAGAAGGGCGAGAAGAACGCGCCGGUGGGAUUCGACAAGUACGGCUACGGGUAUAAAGAUAUUCGGGGAGAGAAGACGCACGAGGCCGUCACCGCGCCCUACGGCGAACCGUUUUUCGAAGGAGACGUGAUCGGGUGUUACGUAUACGUCGACAAAGUGACGAAGCGCGAUGACGUCAAGGAUGAGAAGGACGUCGACGGGCCGACGAAUUCGAGCUUUGUCGCCUUCGCGCGAAACGGUGUGUUCCAGGGCAAGGCGUACGAGGGAUUGAACGAUGACGACGGAGCGUAUUUUCCGUGCGGGUCGCUCUUUACCGAUCCCGGGGUCGAGCCCGCGCGGCUGGUGUUCAACUUUGGGCCGAACUUCGCGCACCCGCCGAACGCCGAGACGUGGGGCGUUCCCGAACCGAGGCCGAUGAGCGACCUGGAUCCGCCUCGCCCACCGCCUGAGAUAAAGCCCGAACCUCCGCGGGCAGAAGAAGUUGCGGUGAAGACGGAAGAGGCCCCCGUCUUCGAGCUUCCGGGCGUUCCGACGUCGCUGUAG